AGCAUCCUCCCAAACCAGCAGUAGCCCCUGCUUUCGAUAGAGCCCCUGACGGCACGGCGGCUGGGGCCACCACCAACCCUCCUCUCGCCUCCGCCUCCGCCUCCCAUGCCGUCCCUCGCCGCCUUCCACCCUACCCUCCCCCACGCCCACCUGCACCGCCACCCCGCUGGCCCCAACCCCACCACAGGCCUCCUCCGCCUUCUCCCCUCCCGCCGCCGCCCCGUCCGCCGCGCGGCGGGGGCCCGCCUCGCCGUCUCUGCCUCAACCUCUCCCGCGCCGUCACCCUCGGCCGACCGGUCGGAGGCCGCGUCGUCCCUGGAGCGAUGCAUCUCCGCGACGGUCACGGGGGCGGGGGUGGGGGCCGGGGCGGCCCCGGCCUGCGCCCCUCCGGCGAUGAAAGGGGGACGGAAGCAGUACGGCGCGUUCGGGGCCGUCACACUCGAGAAGGCCAAGCUCGACCUCUCGCAGCGCCGCAAGAAGAUCUUGCCCGAGCUGGCAACAGGUGGUGGCGGUGGGGACAUUGGAAAAAGGAUUGGUCAUGGUGGGGGUGACGGUGGAGAUGAUGACGGCGAUGAUGAUGAUUACUUUGAUGAUUUUGAUGAUGGAGAGGAAGAGGAAGGUGGACUUUUCAGGAGGCGAAUUGUUGUACAGGAGCUUUUUAAUAGAGAGUUUGUAGAAGCUGUGCUGCAAGAAUGGUGCAAAACGAUGAGUAAUUUGCCUGCUGGUCUUCGCCAAGCUUAUGAGAUGGGUUUGGUAAGUUCUGCUCAGAUGGUGCGGUACUUGUCAAUAUUUGCAAGGCCUACAAAUACCAGGUCCUUUUCAAGAGCUCUUCCAGGAUGGCUUUCCAGUGGUCUUGUUGGAAGAACACUUGCAGACCCAUCAUUCCCACAUAAGAUGGCUUUUGAGUUCAUGGCCACCUUUUUCUCAUCUGUUUGGUGGGAGAUGAAUAUUCGCAAGGAGAGGUUUCAGGAAGAAUGGGAUUUGGUGGUUGUUAAUGCUUUGACUGCAUCUUGUUGCAACUUGAUGGUCCUUGGGCUUUUGUCACCAUGCCGUUCAUAUGGGAGUACAUCUCGAUUUGACUUUCAAAAUGCAAUUGAGAAACUUCCAAACAACAUAUUUGAGAAGAGCUAUCCUUUGAGAGAGUUUGAUCUGCGAAAACGAAUCAAUGCGUUCUUUUACAAGGCUGCUGAGCUUAGCUUGGUUGGGGUUGUUGCUGGCUCUGUUCAAGGUGGUCUGUCAAAUGUCUUGUCUGCAAGAAAAGAAAUGAGGUUAUCGGUGAGCAUUCCUUCUGUCCGCACCAAUACUCUUGGUUAUGGAGCUUUCCUAGGACUCUAUGCAAACCUGCGGUACCAAUUGUUGUGUGGACUAGACCAAUACAUGGUCAAGCGCUUUGAUGUUCUGGGUGUGGCGAUCUUCUUCAGCACAGCUGCAAGGCUGAUGAAUAUUCAGAUUGGUGAGGCAUCAAGGCGCACAUGGCUUGGGGAGGAAGCUGAUCCGCAGUUCUCAGAUCGACUGCUGAGAGCAUAUAAGUGGCCUGUCGAGGUUAAUGUGGACCAACAAGAGUCAAGGUGGUUUAUAUCCAAGGAUGCAAUCGUAUCUGGCCUUGGUCUUCUUGGCAUCAAGCAGGGUGGACCUGAGGCAGCAUUGUCCAAGCCCCGUCGAAAGAGAGUCAUCCGUAAAAAAGUUGCCUCAGGUUGAAUCUUGUGGAUUUCGUAGCAAUACUGGAACAAUUUUGCUUCAGUUCCACUAUGCCACAGGAGGUUCCACUCUAAGUAUGGUAAAUGAGAAAAGCUGUCAUUGGCAACCAGCGGGCUACAGCGCAGGCAUCGAAGGGUUGUAACUGUAAGCGGGUUGGUUCGAAGUUUUAGGCCCAUUACCAUUUUUUAUGUUUUCAUUGUUUUCGGAAAGAAUCCAUAUCUGUUUACGGAAAGAAUUCAUAUAUCAAUUUCUUGUAUGAGCCAAAUAGACACGUAUAGUAGUAGUCUUGGAGAUUGUUGGAGAUACUAUCGGUAACUUGAGAAAGGGGUAUUGAAUUUUUUAUUUAAGAUCAAA